UUUUUUUUUCUGCGCCUUUGUGCCAUGCUACGCCUGGUGCAUUUCCUGAGUUUGGCCGUGGGACUCGGGGCGCCGUGCGGCCCCCGUGAUCUCGACUGCUGGACUCAGCACGUGGAAGCGCAGCUGUCGCGGCCAUGUGGGCGCCCAGUGCGGCUGGCGCUGGUGGGCGCCGGAAGCUUCGCUCGCAAGGCGCAUUUGCCCUCCCUGCGGGACGCCAGCGACUGCUUCGCCGUCGGGGUGGUUUGGAGCCACACGGAGGUUUCAGCACGGCGACUGGCGGCAGACGUGCCGCCAGCAAAAGCGCUGUGGGGGGAGGAGGGCUGGCGGGCACUGCUUUCUGAAGACCUGGAGCUGCUGGACCUGGUCCUGCCCUUCGGUGUGCAGAGCAGCUUUGUCCGAGAGGCCCUGAAGGCGGGAUUUGCGGUGGUGUCAGAGAAGCCCAUCGCCACCACCGUGGCAGAAGCGGAGGAGCUCUUGUCACACGGAGGGCGCUGGUACGUGGCGGAGAAUUGGAGGUUCGAGCCCGCCUUCCGCGUGGCCGCGGCGGCGGUUCAUGCGGGGGUGUUGGGUGAAGCAGGCGCGGUGGCGUUUUCGGCCCACUCGGUGAGCUUCAUGCCGCCGGAUGUGCCCUACAUGCAGCCUGGGUCCUGGCGAAUGUCAGAGACCAGCAACUGGAUGGCAGAUGUGGGUGUCCACUUCGCCGCUGCUUUGCGCCUGGUGCUGGGUGAGGACCUACGCCUGGUGGCAGCGGCGACGCAACGGCUCCGGCCGGAGCUUCGACCCUUCGACACCUUUGCCGCCACCUUACGAACCAACGCUUCGGUGGGGCAGUGGCUUUUCUCCCUGAGCCUCCCCAAGCCCGGCCCUAAGACCGUGCCUGGGCUCUCCGAUCUCGACCUGCAGAUCUCUGGGCCUUUGGGCACGCUGCUGGUCUCCCGUGGCUCCGUGCAGCUCCUCGAGGCUUCGGACGCCCGGAGCGUCGCCAAGGUGGAGAACUUCUCUUCGCGGAGCGUGGAGUCGGCGCUGCGGGCUGCGGCGCGGGGGGUGCUAGGGGAGGACCAGGCGGAGUUAGCGCCGCAUCUGGCGCUCGCCGACCUUCAGCUCGUGGAGGCCAUCGGGUUCUUCGAGCAGCCGCCGUCCAAGCUGGAGCUCUGAGGGCGAC